CUUCAGUGAAGCUACUUACCAGACUACUUGCCGUGAGUCUCCUUUGCAAGUAUCGAAGAUUUCCUUCAGACCCAAGGUCGCCCUCUUUCGUAGUCUACCAUCGUUGGAGAUCACCACGAAAGCUAUCGAACCAAGUCUUCACAUUACUCAAACGACUCCCAUCCAUCCAUUCAAAAUGCCCCCCAAAGCCGUCGCCAAUGGUGAGUCCGCUUGCACCCUCCGCGGUCAAGCCCUCACCAGCAGCGAGGUGAAGAUCCUCUUUGGCGCUCUCAACAACCUCACCGCGCCCCUCGAUAUUGACCUGCAAGGCGCCGCCGAGACCGCCGGUCUCAAGCCCAACUCGUACAAGGAGAUGUACCGUCAGUUCCGUCGCAAGUACGAGCUUGGCAAGCCCAACGCCGCCGCCGCCGCCACGGCUGCUGUUGUUGUUGCUUCGGGAGGAGAUGGCAGCAACCAGCCUGUUACUACCUCUACUGGUUCUUCUUCUUCUACCGCUACCCCGAAGAAGGCCCCUGGAACUGCUGGUGGUAGCGGUGGUGGUCGCCCCCGCGCUCGCCCCAAGAAAAUGUUGCUCACGCCCGGAGUUGGUGGUGGUACUAAUCAGGGCGUCGAGGCCACCCUCGCCACCCCUGGCACGCCCAUGGGAAACCUGAACUUCAACGACAUGACGCCCGAGACUCCAUCCAAGAAAGCUUUUGGUACCUCUAACAAGCGCUCGGCUACUGAGGCCAACCCUGACGAGACUCCCGCCAAGAAGGGGCCUGCUGCUCGUAAGCCCCGUGUUACCGCCGCCACCGCGAAGCAGAAGGCUGUGGCCGCCGCCGCCGCCCAGGCUGAGACUAAGGUCAAGGUUGAGGCUGCUACUGAUGCUGGUUUCAGUUUCAUCGGUGAUUUUGUCGGCAACGAUGUCGAUGCCGCGAUGGAGGGCAUUUCCCAGGCCGCAGAGGCUAUUGAGGACACUCUUGCUGCUGCUGCGGCUGACGAGGGUUACAUUACUGCUACUGAGGGUGGUGGUCCCGAUUACGGCGAGAUCUAGCCCACAGGUGAGUUUUUAGUUAUAUUU